AUGGACCUGCAUCUUCCUGAAGCAUUCCAGGGCUGGAGAGACGACUGCCAUGCACCGAGGGUUCAUCCAUCUGCACAGCUGCAGCCAGUGGGAGGAGACGCUGUGACCCCUGCCCUCGUGGCUCUGCUCUGCCUCGGUCUGAGUCUGGGCCCCAGGACCCACGUGCAGGCAGGCAGGGCCCUCCACAAACCCUUCGCCCUCUGGGCUGAGCCAGGCUCUGUGAUCAUCGGGAGCCCCGUGACCAUCUGGUGUCGGGGACUCCUGGAGGCCCAGGAGUACCGUCUGGAUAAAGAGGGAAUCCCAGAGCCCUGGAACACACAGAACCCACUGGAGCCCAGGAACAAGGCCAGAUUCUCCAUCCCAUUCAUGACAGAGCACCAUGCAGGGAGAUUUCGCUGUUACUAUCUCAGCCCUGCAGGCUGGUCAGAGCACAGUGACCCCCUGAGCUGCUCUGCCUCAGGAAGGGGGUCGCAACCUACCCUCUCAGCCCUGCCCAGCCCUCCUGUGGUGGCCUCAGAGGAACGUGUGACUCUCCUGUGUGGCUCACGGCUGAUUCACAGGUUCAUUCUGGACUAUGGGAAGGAGAUCGCCAAUCUCUCCUGGACCUCGAACUCACAGCUGUCUCCUAGUGGGCAGUUCCAGGCCCUGUUCCCUGUGGGCCCCCGUGACCCCCAGCCACACAGGUGGAUGCCUGUGAUACUAUGGCUCUCACAGGUCCUGCAGGGCCCUGUUGUGGUCCCUGGAGAGAACCUGACCCUCCAGUGUCACUCUGAUGUUGGCUAUGACAGGUUACUAUACACGGAGGACAGACAUGACCUCCUCCAGCACCCUGACCAGCAGCCCCGGGCUGGGCUCUCCCAGGAUGACUUCCCCCUGGGCUUGGAAGUGACCCCCAAAACCCCCUCAUUUCUGACCUUCUGGGGAGCAGCUGAUAACCUCAGUCCAUCACAAAACAAGUCUGACUCUGGGACUGCCUCACACCCCCAGGAUUACACAGUGGAGAAUCUCAUCCGCAUGGGCGUGGCCGGCUUGAUCCUGGUGGUCCUCGGGAUUCUGAUAUUUCAGGAUUGGCACAGCCAGAGAAGCCCCCAGGAUGCAGCUGGGAGGUGAACAGAAGACAGGACAAUGCACCAUUGGGUGCUGGAGCCUUGGAAGAGAAUCUGAAAGUCCCAGGAGAUUCUGGAAGACAAUCUGAGGCCUAUGCUAUCUGGACUGUCUGCUGGCAAUUUCUCUUUUGU